UCCUUUGUUCUUGCUUGAAUUGGCUUGGGUUAACUUUGAUUGCUCUUAUUUCCUUCAAUUUUUGGGUAGCCCGUGAGCUUUCUUCUUCCAUGCCGCCGGCCUUUCCCCAAUCUGCAGCUCCGGUUUUAGCUGGAGAAUUAUGGAAAUGGGGAUAAUUCCGGUAGCUUUAGGAUGAAGUUUAAGCAUUGAUUUAAGUGGGAUUUAUGUGAUUGAGUAUUAAUUGCUUGAUGUGAUUUUUGGAGAGAAAAUCCCGUGAGAUUAGCUAGUGUUUUGGCCAAUUUGUGGAAGUGGAGUUACUGUUCACGUCUGGGUCACUUUUCACCGGUUACUGUUCACACCCCGAGGGCCAACAUUUAACGGGAAUUUAAAUGAUUAGUUUGUGAUAUGAGAACGAAUUUGGAGAUGUUCGAUCAUGUGGAAAGUGAUAGAAAUAACAUUGUGAUUAGGAAUGAUCCCAAUGAUGAUUUCAGCUUGAAUUUGUGAUAGUGGUAUUAAUUCUUGAAAUAUCUUGAUUAGGUUCUUGAUCGUCCUGUCAGUUUAGUACGUGAAUUGAGUGCUCGGUUUUAUGCGAGUGGGGUAAGUAAAUUUAUGUGGGAGUUAAACACUAGCAAUUCCUGUUGCCUGCCAGUGGGAGGUUUAAACACUGGUCAUGACCUAUAGAGGAGACGUCUAUUUCGUUCCCGCACUGUAUCCGUUUUUCGUGAUUGUACUUGUUGGCAUGCUAUAAGUUUAAUAAGAGCACUCCAUAUUUACUUACUGAGUUUAUCUCAUAGUUUUUCCUUGUCCACCAUUUCAGGAAGUGAAACCGAGGACGGAGAAACCACGAGAAGUGACGAGUUAGAAGACUAGUCAUUUCGAGAUUGACAUAGAUUUUAGAUAUGAAUCAUGAUCUUGUAUUGGGAGAUUUUAUUGGAGAUUUUAUUGGAGAUUUAUGAUAUCAGAGAGAUUUUAUAAUUUGAUCUUCAGAUUUUGAUGGUAUCAGAGUGUGAAUUUGAUAAGUUUUGAGCCUUGUGCAUUUGUGGGACCCGUCUCACGAGUGCACGGCGUCUGUUGCGCCUCGAAUUUGGGAGGGGUGAUGACUACUAGGGAGAUGUGUAGGACUGUAGAUAUUUAUGUUGAUGGUAGACAGUUGAGUGCUAGUUUAUUUGUUUUAGAUAUCUCCGAUUCUGAUAUCAUUUUGGGGAUGGAUUGGUUGUCAAAACAUUUUGCCUUUAUAGAUUGUCAUCGAAAAUGGGUAAUUUUUAAUAUUCCUGGCGAACCAGAAUUUAGUUUUCAAGGCAGUGGUUCUUUUGCUCCACCCAUGCUAAUAUCCGCCUUGCAGGCUCAGAAAUAUCUUGUAAAUGGUUGCCAGGGUUUCCUAGUCUCUGUUACUAAUGCUAGUAGUGUGACAUCGAGACUAGAAGACAUACUGGUGGUGCGUGAGUUUCCGGAUGUAUUUCUAGAGGGUCUCCCAGGUUUACCUCCAGAUAGGGAGGUUGAAUUUGCUAUUGACCUUGUUCCUGGCAUCAGACCUAUUUCCAAAGCACCAUACCAUAUGGCUCCUGCAGAAUUGAAAGAGUUAAAGGUCCAGCUAGAGGAACUCCUUGAGAAAGGGUUUAUACGCCCUAGUGUGUCACCUUGGGGAGCUCCAGUGUUGUUUGUUAAGAAGAAGGAUGGGAGCAUGAGGCUAUGCAUUGAUUACCGGGAAUUGAAUAAGGUAACUGUGAAGAACCGGUAUCCCCUUCCUAGAAUUGAUGACUUGUUUGACCAACUCAAGGGUGCUCAGGGAUUUUCUAAAAUUGAUCUUCGAUUUGGCUACCACCGAUUGAAGAUUAAACCGGAUGAUGUGCUAAAGACUGCCUUCCGCACUCGUUAUGGCCAUUAUGAAUUCAUAGUCAUGCCAUUUGGCUUGACAAAUGCCCCUGCCAGAUUUAUGGAUUUGAUGAAUCGGGACCGUCCUCGAGAUCUGUUUGCUAAAUUUAAGAAGUGUGAAUUUUGGCUAGACAAUGUUGCAUUCCUAGGUCACGUGGUGACUAAGGAUGGAAUCUCUGUUGACCCCCAGAAGAUUGAGGCCAUGGUUGAUUGGAAAAGAUCGAAUAGUGUUGCAGAAAUUCGUAGUUUUCUGGGAUUGGCUGGUUAUUACCGCCGAUUUAUGGGGGAUUUCUCUAGAAUUGCUCCGCCAAUGACUCGUCUUAUCAGGAAGGACACCAAGUUUGAGUGGACUCCAGAGUGUGAGAAGAGCUUUUUGACCUUGAAGGAGAAGUUGGUCACUGCUCCUGUACUUGCAGUUCCUAUUAAUGGGGAAAGAUUCAGUAUAUAUAGUGAUGCCUCUAAAAAGGGUUUGGGAUGUGUCUUGAUGCAAAAAGAUAGGGUUAUUGCAUAUGCUUCCCGGCAGUUAAAGCCUUAUGAAGAAAAUUACCCUACCCAUGAUCUGGAGUUGGCAGCUGUAGUAUUUGCACUCAAGAUCUGGAGGCAUUACCUAUAUGGUGAGACUUGUGAAAUCUUCACCGAUCACAAGAGCCUUAAGUAUAUUUUCACUCAAAAAGAGCUUAAUAUGAGGCAGAGGCGAUGGCUUGAACUUUUAAAGGACUACGACUUGACCAUUAGCUACCAUCCGGGCAAAGCUAACAAAGUAGCAGAUGUGUUGAUGGACAGUACUACGGCUUAUCUAGCUGCUUUCAGUGCACAACCAACAUUAAUAGAUAGAAUUAAACUUGGCCAACAAACAGAUCCCUUCUUGCAGAGGAAGAAGGAAAAAGUAAGAGCCAGGGAACCCCGCAUGCAAGAAUUCAGAAUUUCUGAUGAUGAGACUCUGUGGUUUGGUGACAGGCUGUGUGUACCAAGAAACCAUGCUUUAAGGCAUGAGAUUAUGGGAGAUGCCCAUUAUACUAGCUAUACAAUCCACCCAGGGAGCAGCAAGAUGUAUCGUGAUUUACGUAGUACAUUUUGGUGGCGGAACAUGAAGAGGAAGAUAGCUAGAUUUGUCUCACAAUGCCUGACUUGCCAAAAAGUCAAGGCCGAACACCAGAGACUUCUUGGGAAACUGCAGCCUUUACCUAUUCCCCAGUGGAAGUGGGAAAACAUCACCAUGGACUUUGUGACUGGCUUACCACAAACCUUAAAGGGUAAUGAUUCCAUUUGGGUCAUCGUUGAUCGAUUGACCAAAUCAACUCACUUCUUACCCUACCAGACUGGCACCUCCAUUGAAAAGCUUGCCAAUAUGUACAUGGAGGAGAUAGUCAAACUGCAUGGAGUCCUUGUGUCUAUUGUGUCAGAUAGAGAUACCAGAUUUUUAUCUCAUUUCUGGACAAGCUUGCAGCAGGCACUUGGUACUCAAUUAAAUUUCAGCAUAGCCUUUCAUCCUCAAACUGAUGGGCAAUCUGAGAGAACAAUUCAGAUACUUGAGGACAUUUAUCAAUCUAGCAUCCGCAUGGCACCGUUUGAGGCCUUGUAUGGUCGAAGGUGUAGAUCACCUGUUUGUUGGACGGAAGUGGGCGAAAGGAGCAUUUUAGGCCCAGAAUUGGUGCAGCAAUCUUCUGAGAUUGUGCAGUUGAUCAAGGAACGCCUUCGUUCUGCACAAAGCAGGUUUGGCAUCUGGGGAAAAUUGAGUCUGAGGUAUAUUGGACCAUAUCCUAUCUUGGAAAGGAUUGGUGAGGUAGCUUAUAGAUUGGAGUUGCCUGGAAAUCUAGCGGGUGUUCAUGAUGUGUUUCAUGUGUCCUUACUUCGAAGGUAUGUUCUCGACCCAAGUCACAUCAUUAAUCCCGAACCAAUUCAACUCCAAGAGGAUCUUACUUAUGACGAGCACCCGAUCCGCAUUUUAGAUUUCAAGGAGAGGAUAAUGUGGAAAAGGACCAUUCGUUUUGUUAAGGUCCUCUGGGAUAACCAUUUGGUUGAAGAAGCUACUUGGGAGUUGGAAUCCAAGAUGAGGCAGGAACAUCCGCACCUCUUCCAAGAUUGAGGUGAUUGAACAUAGUAUGUUGAGAAAAGAAUUUGGAUAUUUGGGAUUUGUUCAAACAUUAGCUAAUAAAGUAGAGAUUUGAUCUUCUUUAUCUGUUGUUUGCUCAUUCGCUUCUUUUCCUUUGAGAGGAAUUUUUGCUAAUUGAUUCUCCAAUUAUUUUAUUUUUUGGUGGAGAAAUUCUAAUUGUUCUUCUAAUUGUGAUAUGUACAUUUCUCUUCAUUGAGAGUUUCAUUCAUUGAUUUCAUUUCUUAUAAUAGAGACAAUUUUUCUAC